AUGAUACCCUGCUCUGAUGAUUUUCGACAUGCAACGGACAAAAGCUUAGCACCUUUUCACCAGAAGCAAGAGAGAUUAUCCCGGAAACAGCGUCAACAAGGUGGCUCCAGUAAAGCCAAUCGACAGCUGGUCAAGAGGAAUCCUCCGUCGUCUUCUGGUGAGAUCGAUUUUCGAAUCUCUUCACCAAAUCCUUUUACUCAAAAUGGAAAUAAGCUCUACUUUCGUCUAACAUUAAACCACCGACAGUACAAUGGGUUGCAAGAUGUCCAUGAUAGACGUUCUCUUAGGGCUUUAGAGAGAGAUGCUACUCGUGGGGGUGGUGGUGGUGGUGGUGCUGCUGCUGCUGCUGCUGCUGCUAUUAUUGUAUGGACGAGGCGAUAA